AUUGGAUGUUCUUGACUUGUUGAAGUACAGAUGUGCAUGUAGUGGUAAUAGGUACAUGCAUACAUUGCAGUAGGUAGGAUGGACACCCCUGCUAAAGACCUUUUUUUUUUCUCGAACCCCGCCAUCGGAGGCAGUCAAAGUUGGUAAAGUUCGUAAGAAGUGAAUCUUCAAAAGGUCAACGGUCCACCUUCUUGCGACUUCUUUGCGACUUGCGACAGACGCCGAAUUCUCAUAUUGUGUCAUUAGUUUAACCGAUUGACUAUUGGCUCAAUUAGUUUCUCAAAUCUUGCCACCUUAAACAGAAAUAUUAAGAGACGAUAAUCGGUCAAGUUAGCCCAUCAUGUCUAGCUUCUACAUUGAGAACAAGAACGUCGGCAACAAGGCCGAUAGCGAGGAUUGGAGAAUUCGUGGUUACAAUCCUCUGACGCCGCCCGACCUACUCCAACAUGAGAUCCCCCAAACACCCUUCUCGAAGAAAACGGUCCUCGAAAGCCGCGAAGAGGUGGUACAGGUAGUCAAUGGCACUGAUGGAAAACAAAGACUCCUAGUCAUCAUUGGCCCCUGUUCUAUUCACGACCCCGAAGCGGCCCUCAAAUACUGCGACAUGCUGUUGAAAGAGAAGGAGAAGCACAAGGACGAGCUCCUCAUUGUCAUGAGAGCUUACCUUGAGAAGCCGAGAACCACAGUUGGCUGGAAGGGUCUAAUCAAUGACCCGGAUAUUGAUAACAGCUUCAACAUUAACAAGGGUCUGCGUAUGUCGAGACAACUCUUUGUCGAUCUUACCGACAAGGGGAUGCCGAUUGCUAGUGAAAUGCUAGAUACCAUCUCUCCUCAGUUCCUAGCGGACGUACUGUCGGCUGGAGCAGUCGGUGCGCGAACAACUGAGAGUCAAUUGCAUCGGGAGCUGGCGAGUGGUCUCUCGUUCCCGGUGGGAUUCAAAAACGGUACGGACGGAACGCUAAGUGUCGCGAUCGAUGCUAUCGGCGCGGUUAGACAUCCUCACCACUUCUUAUCAGUCACCAAGCCCGGUGUUGUAGCUAUCGUCGGCACCGUUGGUAACGAUGACUGCUAUGUCAUCCUUCGAGGUGGAAGUCGUGGUACCAACUACGACGCGAAGAGCAUCGCAGAUGCCAAGGCAGCCCUAACCAAGUCAGGAGUCCGAGAACGGCUUAUGGUUGACUGCAGCCAUGGCAACUCGUUAAAGAACCACAAGAAUCAGCCCAAGGUCGCCGCCGAAUUAGCAGACCAGAUCUCCAAGGGAGAGACAGCUAUUAUGGGCGUAAUGAUUGAGAGUAAUAUCAACGAGGGUUCCCAGAAGGUACCGAAAGAAGGAAAGGCCGGUCUUCAGUAUGGUGUCAGUAUCACAGAUGCUUGCAUCGGAUGGGAAGACACCGUAUCCGUGCUUGACAACCUCGCGAAUGCCGUCAAGCAACGAAGAAAGGUGUUAGGCAUGAAUGGCGUUCAUUGAGCAAAUAGCCAUUGAGGGGCCGUCGUUUGCGAAGUACGAAGGAGGCAAAAAUAGUUUUCGCAAUUUGUAACAAAAGGUUUGGAAUUUGAUGAUAUCCGGUUCGCGAAAAAGGGGGAAACUAAAAAUUCAGCAUUGCAUUACAGCAUCCGAAGUCAUAUACUUCUCAUGCGUUUUGUGAAGUAGGAGGGGAAAAUAGAUUCGUCUCUACUGUGAAACAUGAUUCCCUAAUUUAAAAAGGAUAUACUUCUUUAUGUUAUACAACAUGAAAGGUGACACCUUAGAAACUUGUUUUUUUGUCCUUACAAAUCGCGAAUAGUUGUAUGGUGUUUUGUAAAGUCCCAG